AUGGCCAGGUUAACAAUCCUUGCAGGUUUGACCCUGCUGAUGUGCCUUAAUGUGGCAUCAUCAACCAAACUGGCCUGCUAUUUCACCAACUGGUCGCAGUACAGGCCGGGAACAGGCAAGUUCCUCCCAGCAAAUGUGGACCCCCACCUGUGUACUCACCUGAUCUAUGCCUUCUCCAUCAUCAACCACGCCAAUCAGCUGGUCACCUACGAGUGGAACGACGAGACUCUUUACAAGUCAUUCAAUGGUCUGAAAAACAGGAAUCCUGAUUUGAAGACCCUCCUGGCUGUUGGUGGCUGGAACUUUGGAACAAGCCAGUUCACUAUCAUGUCCUCCACUAAGGAGAACCGUAAGGCCUUCAUCCAGUCGUCCAUCAGCUUCCUGAGGACUCAUGGCUUUGAUGGGCUGGACCUGGACUGGGAGUACCCUGGAUCCCGCGGCAGCCCCCCAGAGGACAAGAAGAGAUUCACUCUUCUGUGCAAGGAACUGCGUGAUGCAUUCGAGAAGGAAGGCAAGGAGAGCAAGAGGCCCAGACUGAUGCUCACCGCAGCCGUGUCUGCAGGCAAAGGAACCAUCGAUAACGGAUUUGAGAUUGGCAAGAUUUCAAAGUCCUUGGACUUCAUCAACGUGAUGACCUACGACUUCCACGGUGCCUGGGACACGACCACCGGCCACAACAGCCCCCUGUACAGCGGCCCCACUGACACCGGAGACUUUGUCUACUUCAACGCAGACUAUGCCAUGAGGUACUGGAGGGACGAGGGGGCCAAGGCAGAGAAGCUGCUCAUGGGCAUGGCCACCUACGGCCGCACCUUCCGCAUCGUAUCUGCUAGCGACGGCAUCGGAGCGCCCGCCAACGGACCUGCCUCCCCCGGAACCUACACCAGGGAGCCUGGCUUCUGGGCCUACUACGAGAUCUGCACGUUCCUCAGGACCGCUUCCGUCCAGUGGAGUGAUGAGCAGAAGGUGCCCUAUGCCGUCCAGGGCAACGAGUGGGUGGGCUUUGACAACCAGGAGAGCUUCACCAACAAGGUGCAAUACUUGAAGAAGGCUGGCUUCGGCGGUGCUUUCAUCUGGGCUCUGGACCUGGAUGACUUCUCUGGCCAGUUCUGUGGACAGGGCAACUACCCCUUGAUCAGCCACCUGCGCUCCCUGCUCAACGGAGAUGGCGUGCCACCACCCCUGCCUCCCACCUCUCCCCCCAAGCCCACGGAAGGCCCAGUUGCCCCUGCCACCCAAACCACCACCACCGCCGCCCCAGUCAACCCAGGAACGGGCUUCUGCGGUGGCAAGGCUGACGGCAUAUACACCCAUCCUGAAAACGCCCGCCAGUUCUACCAGUGUGCUCACGGCCAGACCUUCGUUAUGUCUUGUGGGGCUGGACUCGUUUACAACGACAGAUGCAAAUGCUGUGACUGGCCCUGA